AUGAAUGCAAUAUCACCUACAUCUUCUUUCGUUAAAUUAGGAUUUUAUCGCCGACCAAAAAUUUUAAAAGUUAUUGUUUUAGGACAAGCCGGAGUUGGAAAAUCAGCCAUGGUUGUUAGAUUUAUUACAAGACGGUACAUCGGUGAAACCAACCCAACAUUGGAAAAAGUUAGAAGACAACAUAAGAUGGGCAGACGAUGGGCUUUUAUCUUGAUGUAUUGGAUGACCGAUAAAUGCUCGUUCGACGAAUGUUACCGUUUGAAAUUCUUGAUAAACUACAACAAACGUCGAAAAGGUAUUCCCGAAGUUCCUGUCGUUUUUCUGUUUUCAGAGACGUUUGUCGUUAGAUCUUCGUUUUUGACGCGUACAAAACAAGAAUCAUUCAAAGUUGAAACGGAGCGGGAGCAACAACAAAGAUCCUAUUCAACCCAACACGAUUCGUCAUUUAUGUUCGACGACGGUUUCAUCCUAAGCCCUU